AUGGAGGCUCUGCAAGAAGAAGCCAAGCACAAGGCUGAAUUCGAUGAGAGGAUGCUCGCACUCAAGGAAACCAAAGCGAUGAAGGAGCUCUUGGCCGAGGAGAAGGAGAUCAUGAUGAUACCAACCAAGGACAUGGACGAGGAUCAAUUAGCAUGGUGGAAGGAGACCAAGGAUAACAGCAUGACGAGGAAGAGGCUCUUGCGUCAAGGUCGUGGGGAAAGCGGUGGUGGUGCGUCUACUCCGACAAAAUCCUCAACCCUAUCCCCACGCUCCCCCAAACGCCGCGCCCCUCCCCCAUCUCGCCCGUCCUCCUCUCCCAUCGCCGCCAUCGCCUCGCCCGUCCUCCUCUCUCCCAUCCUCGCCCGCCCUCCUCUCUCACCUCGCGCCAUACCCUGCGCCUCUGCCUCGCCCGUCCUCCUCAACUCCGUUGUGCCUGGGGCGGCCGGCGAGGAUCCCCUCCGCCGCUUGCUAGGCAGAGAAGCAGAUGGGGGCGUGCGUUUGCAGGAGCAGCGUGCCGCCCAAGAGAGGAGGAGGUGGAGGAGGAGGUGCCAGAGCGGGGCUCAGCAGCGGGAGACUCUUCGGAGGCCGCCGGAGACUGAGGUGGCGCGAAGGGGAUUGAGGUCGCCGAAGAUAGAUGGUGGCAAGGAGCAAGAAUACGGGUCGUCGCCACCUCCAAACUCACCUAUCAUCCUGCCAUGGAGGCCAGCAGCGACAGGGGACAACCACUUCCAGGCUCACCAUCUUCAUCAGCGCAGGUGUUGUUGUGCACCUGGGUUACUCUCGGUGAUGCCAGCUAAUUAUUUGAUCCAAAAAACAAUUUAAUAGGAAUUCUCGGUGGCGGCUGCCUACUAUUCAAUGCAAAAAAAUCAUGUUUUGUGUACCAAAAUAUUGUGUGCUGGUGAAGGCCAUUUAUAUGUCACAGGAAUAUACUUUACUAGAAUAA